AUGAACACGGAGAAAGAGCUGUUGGAUGCUGGCCUCAAGAGCUUAAAUCACUAUAAGUCCAAGCUCCCAAAGUGGCGCUACCGCCCUCGACAGAGUCUGCUCCCUCUUGUGCGAUGGGAGACGCCAUUCCUCGCGUGGCUUCAAGAGAAGUUGAGGUCUCCCGCACUCGACACAUACUUUGCAAUCACAGCCAACCUUGGGACGCACACCUUUUUCAUGAUAGUAUUGCCUAUACUCUUCUGGUGUGGGCAUUCAGACCUAGGGAGAGGCAUGGUCCAUAUUCUUGCCUCGGGCGUCUUCUUCAGUGGUUUCAUCAAAGACCUCUGGUGCCUUCCUCGGCCUUUAUCGCCUCCGUUGCAACGGAUUACCAUGUCAGGUUCUGCUGCUCUUGAAUAUGGCUUUCCUUCCACCCAUUCGACCAACGCAGUUUCGGUCGCUGUCUAUGCGCUCUACCUUCUCAACACCAACUCAUCUCUAUCACCAAAGAUCAAUAUUUUGCUGCAGGCCAUCUCCUACUUCUACGCUUCUUCUAUCGUUCUUGGCCGGCUUUACUGUGGGAUGCACGGAUUUUUCGAUGUUAUCAUAGGCAGUAUGUUGGGUGCUGCCAUUUCUUUCGUGCAAUGCACAUAUGGUGACGUGAUUGAUGAUUUCAUACAUACCGCGUUACGAAAAGACAUGUUUAUUGUGGUUCUCACUAUUCUUGUACUUGUCCGAAUACAUCCUGAACCUGCAGAUGAUUGUCCAUGCUUUGACGAUAGCGUUGCGUUCGCUGGGGUGGUUAUCGGUGUCGAAUACGGAAGUUGGCAUUUCUCCAACAGCAAUUAUGCGUGGUCACAACCGAUUCCAGGCACGGUUCCGUUUGAUUUUGAGUCAAUGGGCUGGAUGGUGAUCAUGACCCGCAUCAUUCUCGGAGUGAUGACCAUAUUCUUAUGGAGAGAGGUUAUGAAGCCAUGCAUGUUACGAAUUCUGCCUCCGGCCUUUCGGGUCAUUGAGAAGCUAGGAUUGAGUCUGCCACGCAAGUUUUUCAAGCAAGCUUCCGAGUAUACACGGAUUCCCAAGCUUCGCAAAGACGAUAAUGUCAUACCUGCUAUCUCUGAGAUCCCCGCAUUCUUGACGUCUAUGCGACAUCCUCGCAGGCGGUCAGUAUCUAUUGGGCCGCAAUCCCAAGCAGACGCCUAUGAGACUUUGGCUUAUCGUGAGAAGCGCCGCCGAGACAGUGUUUCCGCAAGUUAUGCAACCGAUCCGACCGGCGAUCCUGAAGUUACCAAUAACGAGCGAGCAAACAGUCAUUCCAAGCCCGAGGGUAUCGCCAAUGGUUCAAUCUCGAACCAAGCAUUGAAAAUGACAAGAUUGAAAACUUAUGAGAGCAUGAUGGGAACGGGCUUCAAUACAAGCACGCAAGAUGAAGCUGCUGAGUCUCCUCUUCACAGUCCAGCAAAUAUGAAGGUAGAAGUGCAAACGCAAGAGCAAGGUGAAAAGGACAUGUUCUCGCGACUCGAGAAGCCUCGAGUACGAUACGAUGCUGAAGUUGUGACGAAGUUGAUCGUAUAUUCUGGCAUUGCGUGGCUUGCGGUUGAAGGCAAUCCCAUCCUUUUUGACACCCUCGGCCUUGGUGUGGGAACAUAG